AUGAUGAAGCCCUCUACAUUGACUCUUCUUGGUCUUGUCGCCGCGGCAUCGGCGGAGAACUUUCAGUACUGGUCGGGUGACCGCUGUACUGGAAACGUCGUCGGGCGUGGUACUCUGGCUUGCGGAGCCAAUCGACUUCCUCCGGUUUUCCCUGGUAUCCACAGCAUCGAUCUUAUAGAUGCGAAUGGAUUCCACACGCGUUUCUAUGAUAGUAGAGACUGCACUGGCACCCCUUGGUUCACGGAUGACGGGAAGGGCGGCUGUGUGACGGAUGCCAGCGCCAGAACCAAUUGCAUCUACGUUUCUUGCUAUGAUCAUCUACAAAAGACUGCUCAAUAA